UAUUUUCUGCAGGGCUCUUGGUUGUUUCCCCUCGAGGGAGAGGGGGGUGCUACAAGCAGGUGUGUUGAAACAGGUUCACCUCUGCCCCUCCCGGGGACGAUUGUGUGUCGGAUCGACCGCUCUGGAGGGCCGCCCGGCGCUAAGUGGGGGUUAAUUAACUUUGUUUCUGACAGUGACGCAAGGAUGGCAAGUUCAAAUAGCUGUUUGUGUUGUCCGCGGUGAUUGGUCGGCGGCGACGCGUCACGCAGGUUGCCCCACAUUGUGUGCUGACACAUGACUAUGCAUGUCGAGGCGCAGUGGCGGUAGUCUUUGACGUCCGCGGGACACACUCCCCGCAAUUUUACCCGAGCACGUCGCACCGGUAGGCCCUCCCGCUGCCGUCAGCCCGGCAGGAGUCCCGCCGACAACUUGCCCGCGCCGCUAUAAGGACGUCUGCCCGCCCAGCCACCAACCACUUGUUACCGCCGUGCCACCAGGUGAAGACACGGCGAGAGGGGUCGAGUGAAUUCCCGCCUAAUUAUCGCCUGAUAUGGUUACAAACACCGCUUGAUCUCUGCCACUGAUAUACGCCCACAACAGUGCCCGUGCCGGUGGCGAUGUUACAGGUGGAACCGGCCGUGUUGUGAGGGACGGACAGGGGUGAGACGUGCCCGCAGACGACACCUUGCCGGGGCGCCGCCAUUACAAGCGGCACACAGUACGAGCAUACACAAGGUGAGAGGGAUUUAAGUCUAGCAUCGGCGUGGCCCCCGAAGAAUGAGGACAAUGCGGACCGUUCCAGUGUACUGCACAAAGCUCAAGUGCUUCAACGUCCUUCCUGUCAUCACCAUGGCGACGGCAGACGAGGAGAAACCGGUGGACCCUUUCUCCUGCCUCCCUGACGAGCUCAUCCUCCGGGUCUUCUCCUUCCUCCAGCCGGCGCUGGUGCACCUGCCGCCCGUAGCGCAGGUGUGCAAGCGCUGGUGCGGGCUUUGCCAGGACUCGAGCUUGUGGACGUCUUUAAAGUUUUCCUCCACAACGUUCAGCUCGACGCAGCAAGAGGACGUCUUCUGUAACAUCUUACAACGGAGGGGAAACGUGCAAAGAAUAGACCUGAGCGCCUGCUGGAACCUGGUGACGGACAGGUAUCUAGAGCAUGUCGGGAAGAACUGCAGUAAGCUGACGCAGCUGAACAUCUCGGGCUGCCGGCGAAUCACCGACCGGGGACUGGCUCACGUGGCCAACGGCUGCAAGAAGCUGCGCAACGUCGUCAUCCACGCGUGCCCGGAGAUCACGUGCCAGGGCGUCGUCUCAUUGGCUAAGCAGUGCGUGAACUUGGAGGAGCUGACGAUUAGUGACUGUGAGGGACUGUGGCGCGAUCCGCACCGGAUGCGAACGAUCCCGGCCUACUGCACGAGGCUGAAAUGCUUCAACGUGGGCUGGUCAAGCGCCUCCCGGGGUAUAGUCAUCGACUUGGACAUUAAACACUUUGCCAUGUACUGUACGCAGCUCAGACAUCUCAACGUUAGGAGCUCGCAAAUCACGGAUAAUGGAAUCGCCUACAUUGCGCAGUACUGCCGGCUGUUGGAGCACCUGGACCUGGGCCACUGUUUCAUCACAGACACCGGCAUGAAGUGCCGCUUCCCCCGCCUGCGUCACCUGGACCUGAACGGCUGCUGGCACCUCACAGACAGCGGGCUCAAAUACCUGGCCGUCAACAACCCCAAUCUGGAGUACCUCAACAUUGACUGGUGCUUCCGCAUCACGGAUAAGGGGAUCGAGCAUCUUGCCAAGCGUUGCCCGAAGCUGCGCCACAUCAGCAUGGCGCACUGUUUCAGCGUCAGUAAUCGCGGCAUCAAACAGUUAUCGCAAAACUGCCCGGGCAUCGCGGAGCUGAACGUCAGCGGAAACUUCCUCCUGACCGACAAGGCGCUGCGGUACCUAGCGGAGUCCAACACCGUGUCGCUAAGGACGUUGAACGUGGAGGGGUGCACGCGCCUGACGGACCAGGGCAUGGGGCUGUUGCUGCAGACGUGUGGGCGGUUAGAGAGGCUGAAUGUUCGGGACUGUAGGAACUUGUCCCCUGACGGGAUGUGGCUUCUGAAUAACAACAUCCGCGUGGAGGGACUGUGCCAGCGAGAGAUUCCCAGUUUUCUGUGUAGCUGAUAGUGACUAGAUAGGGUACAUAGGGUUUUUUUUUUUGGAUGCACAGCGAAGAAAGAACGGCAAUAAGGAGGUUCAAGAUCCUACGCACACAUGUGCAGCGAAAUGCAUUGUGGACAAUGUCAUACAAGAAGGUCCAAAACAUGCCUGAACCGUUAUGCAACUCGAGACAAUGGUCGAAAGUCAAAACAAGAGUUGUCUACAAGUUGUCUAUUUCCCACAAUACAUGUCGCUGCGCAUGCGUACUUCGAAUUGUGAACCCAACUAUGUCGACUACUCUAAUCUUAUUGUGAUUUUAGUCAAGAUUCACUGCGAGUUCUUGAUUUUUUUGGUGAUUUGGUGCGUGGUUGUAAAAAGAUUACUGUCCUGAAGAAAAAAUAUAUCGCUGUGCGUGCAUAUGCCAUCCAUGAACCUAGGUGUUAAACACUAUCUAAAUUAUCUUCCAUGUUGGUUGAAGCAUGUUUUGUAGAAAGGAACUUCUAGGUACGCUUUAUCGUGUAUUAAUAUUUUGAUAACUCCUUUUGUAUACGUAGUUUCGCAUCUCCCGUCUGGGAUAGGUUUACCAGCUGAAUAUUUCGUAUUGACUAUUUCUGAUAGAUACAAACCACUUUGCAAUGGAUAUGACGUCAUGUCAUGUCACCAGUGUAAAACAUAAAACAAAAAAGCACUUAUCUUAAAUAAGUAAGAAAAUGGGGCGUAUCCUUAAAACGUGAGUGUUCACUAGCUGUCAAAGGCACCUACAUGCAGGUGGGUUUGUAAAUUAUCAAUAUGUGGAAGCAUAUGGCGCUGCAUUAGGAAUAUCUUGUUAAGAUAGGUAGGUCAUAAUUGUUGACCAGUGCCUCAAACAUAACUCUUACCACUACCGCUCCAGUUUAAUGCAUUUACUCCGCUAAGGCAUUUCUUAAUUAUUGAUAGAAUUCACAUACAUGAAGUAUGCAAUUGUCCAUGUAAGAAUUGUCGUUGAUAAAGGCAAUGGAACAAAUGGAGUAAAGUAUAUGAAUUAUGAUAGAUAUUGUAUUAUAUCUGACAAUCUAAAACCCUGUAAAUUACGUGUCCGUAAUGGUAAUUCAGGUUUGUCAUGGAGACAGGGUAAUCAUCUUUAAUUAAUGAGCGGUGAAGGUUUGUUUUUAUUAAUAAUAAUGCUACACAAAUAUGAUUUUAUGGAUGGCAUGGUCUGGAGACACCAACUUUGAUGCGAGAGUGAGAAGAUGACUCUUUUUGUAAUGGACAUUUUACGACUUGUUUCUUGACAUUGUCAUUUUGCGGUAAUUUUACUGAGUGUGGGACUUCUUGCCAAUCAAUGUCCGUUUUUUUCAUGACAUGGACAAAAGGUCCUAGGCAUUAUCAUCCAUAAUAUCAUGUUUUCGUGGCUUAUAUAAUCCAAUCUUCUGUGAAUUCUGUCUGUUUCUUAGUGGCAUGUGUAAUGGGGAUUGGUAAAGCAGUGUUCACAUCAUAUGUACGUCAAUGCAAUACAUGUGUAACCUGGUACGGCAUACAACUUUAAAACCUUGCAAUGGGAAUUUAACUUUCUGGGGAAAAUAUAUUUACAAAAAGAAGAAUAUUGUUCUCGCAAAAGCGACCAGGCUCGAAGAACAUUGUACUCUUGUAAACAAAAAGCUGUGAACAAUAGAGAAACUUGAACAUAUUUUCUACUAAUAUGAUGAGACUACUAUUAAAGGUUGGAAUAUUGCCUCGACUAUUGCGAUUUUAAAAGAUUGACAUUUUAAGAUUUGUUUAAAUUUUGUUGUGUUUUUAUAAGGCAAAACGAAAGAGGCGAAAAGAGUCGAUUUUGUCAAAUGUAUGAGCAUUACUAGUCUACUCUUAUAAUAUCUAGGUACCAACAUUGUUUAUACAUGCUCUGGGGUCAAAAAGUCUUUCUAUCAACGUAAUCCAGUUGAGAAAUUAAUACUUGUACAUAUAUGUACACUUCGUAAUCAAAAGAGAAUGGUGUUUUUUAUGUAAAUGUGCAAAUGGUGUUCUUUUCUGUAUAUACUAGCUUAAGGUAAAUAUCACAGCAUUCUUUAUACAUCUAACCGCUGCAUUGUUGCCUCUUUCACCCUUUGUUGUACUAUGCUUAAGUGUAUUUAUUUUCGAGAAAUUGUUAUUUAUUAAUUGUGGGUGGGGACACAUUGCUAAAUAAAGCAUUCCAUUUUCUAUCUA